AUGUUGAAACAAAUAACUCCAGAAAAGAGUAUUUAUAUUAUUUGGCUUAGUGUUGCUUUGUCUUUUUGUUGGCCACUUCCUAUCAAUAGUACUAGAAAACAAAUCAUGUACAUAAAAAUUCUACAAAUUAGUGCCGUUGUUAACGCUUUUAUGCGUGUAGUCGAAGAAAUGAUGAUAUGUGUUAAAGAAGAACAACUAUAUGAUAUUUUGUGCAUGUAUGUCAAAAAAUGUAAUAUUUUCUAUGGAGGAACUAUUGUAUUAAUAUAUGGAACCGCAACUGUUUUUGUGUUAGGACCUAUAUUUUUGCCAAUUUCUUUUCCAUGGGGAACAGAAUAUCCAUUUCAAGUUAAUUAUACCACAAUAAAUGUCAUUAUAUACGCGCAUCAAUUUUUUCUCGUUUAUCAAUGUGCUGCGCAUACAUGCUUAAGCUUAUUUGGAGCACUUCUUCUUUGGUUUGCGACUGCAAGAUUUGAAUGUUUGAUUAAGGAAUUACAGAAAAUUACAAGUAUUGAUAUGUUAAUCGUUUGUCUUAAAAAAUUAUUAUUUUUAAGAAGAUACGCAGAGGAAGUGGUGAGCUCUAUUCGUUUUUUGGUAUUUUAUGCUAUAACAAUAAGUACAUUUACUUUGACUUUAUCUGGUAUUAUAAUGAUCAUAAAUUGCCCAUUAUUUGUGAAAAUGGAAUUCAUAACUAUAUCUAUAUCUCUUCUUGUGCAAAUUUAUAUUUAUGCAUGGCCAGCUGAUUAUAUGCAAGAUAUGAGCAUAAAUGUUUUACGAAGUGCAUAUAACUCAAUAUGGUAUGAACAAACAUUAGAUAUGCAAAAAACAUUGCUGAUAAUGAUGGCAUAUCAAAAACCAGUAACUUUUUCCAUUAAUGUUCUAUUACCAGAGCUUACUUUACGUUAUUGUUGCUCGUAUGUGUCAAAUGCUCUUUCUAUUUUCACAGCUUUACGAGCUGUGGUGGAAGUUACUUGAAUAUAAAUAUAUUCUAAAUAAUUGUUAAUGUAUAAUGAACUCUUUAU